GGGGGGGGCUUGAUUAAGUGAUUAAGGGAUACCUAACCAGCAUUGCAGUCGGUCCGUUAUCAGAUAUCGGGUCCAAAUUUAGAAGAAAAAUAAAUAUUAAGAUUAAACCGCUGCAGUGUAUAGAUUCGCUUUAGUUUACGCCAAACUAUUGCUGCAGAGUGUCACUCAAUACGCUGGAGAUUUAGACAUUUUCAGACGACAGGGUUUCGUUAAAACAAACAUAUACAGUUGGAAAAUUAAGGAAAUACGGAAGUUUAAAAGUUCCCGAAAAUAACUAAGAAAAAGAGGUUUAUCGAAGCGAAGAUGCGAGGGUGGGAACACUACAUAUUUGCUGUACACGGAGGACUCGUGUAGUGUUCCACACGAACCACAAUAAACAAAUGUUAGUCAUCAAUUAAGGACAAUCUCUAUGUGACAACAUGGUCGUGGUUGCAGUCUUUCUGCUUCUGACAUAAACUAUAAUGGUAAUGAUAGGGGUGCACGUGCAGCACACAUUCAUCCACUAAAGAAACGUUCAAGAGAAAGUUGAGUCUUCGCCAAAAGAAACUUUAAUACGUUUUCAAACGUAUAAUGUUUGUUGGUAUAGUUCUUUAAAAUAUACCGAAUUAUAUAUAUUUUAAACCGAAAGUUGUGUUAACAGUUUAUUUUUAAGUUUUAAAAAAGCGCAAAUGCUUGAAGAAACAAUGGCAUGUCUUGGUUGCGGGUAUAACAACGGACCAGACUUUUAUAACUCAGCGGAAGAGGAGAAAAUCGCGCGCACGCGCAAUAAGCAGAUAUGCAAAGCGCUGAAAGAAUACAGGCGUCAGGACCUCAGAAAGCUCAAACUUCUACUUCUUGGAACCGGGGAGUCCGGGAAGAGCACGAUCACCAAACAGAUGCGGAUCAUUCACAUCAACGGCUUCGAGACGAGGGAGCGGAUAGAGAAGAUUCUGGACAUCCGGCGUAAUAUCAAAGAGUCCAUGGUAGUAAUACUGUGCGCCAUGCACGAGCUGGGGAUCCCGCUCGAGCAUGCGCAGAACGCGCACCGGAUGGAGAGGCUUCUGCAGGCUGCUGACACCCAGGACCCCGCCUCUAUUACAGACGAUCUCCUUGAGGACAUUGAGACCCUGUGGCGGGACUCCGGAGUCCAAGAGUGCUUCUCCAGAUCAUACGAGUACCAACUAAUAGAUUCCGCAAAAUAUUUCCUAGACAAGCUGCACGAGAUUCGCCAGCCCGACUACAUCCCGUCGGACCAGGACAUCCUUCGCUGUCGCGUGCUUACCACGGGCAUACAGUUCAUCGAGUUUGACGUGCACGACGCUGGGCAUCCGGUCUCAUUUUGUGUUUAUGACGUGGGCGGCCAGAGAGGAGUUCGCCGGAAGUGGAUACAGAUUUUCGACAGUGUAGCCGCCAUCUUGUUUCUUGCUGACGUCAGCAGCUAUGAUCAGACGCUUAGAGAAGACAACGAGAAAAACAGAUUCCUCGAGGCGCUAGAAAUCUUUGAGCAAGUUUGGAAGAACAGAUUCCUGCGCAGCGUCUCCAUCCUGCUCUUCAUGAACAAGAUCGACAUCUUGGCGGAGAAGGUACAGAGGGGACGCUGUAUCAGCGCGCUUACCGACAGGCAUCCGGACAUCUUCCCGAACUUCGAGACUUUCACGCCAUCCAGUGCAGAAAAAUGCGAGUUCACUGGUAGCUACCAAAGGGCGGAAGGGGACGGCCGGAAGCGGCGCAUGUCCCGGGGCUCAAAGUCGUCCGAGACCAACUCCGAUCUUGUCAAAACCGCCGUCUACAUCAAACACAUAUUCAUGAAAAUUGUGAAGGGCGAGCUAGAGUUGACACCCACUGCGGAAAAGCUCAGUAAGGACUGGCACCAGACCCACGUAUGUGAGUACUUCUACACAUGCGCAGUGGACACCAACAACGUGCAGCACGUGCUCGACGGCUGUCGGACGCUGAUCAUCCGCAAACACCUCGAGAGAUUCGGGAUAAUCUAGUCCACCUUUAUAUGCGCGGUUUAGAAAAAUGUUCAUUCAUAUCGGCGGCUCAGAGAGUUGUUGAAUACAAACUCUAUGACUGCGGGUCAGCGUAAAAAGAGUACAGCGAAUAAUCAGAUCAGAGGUAUUCCAAGCUAUAGGACUCGCCUCGUUUCGGUGUUUACCAGUUGGACAUUUGUUUUAAAGGAUUGUGCUGUCCAACUAUGGGUUUAUUGUUGGUUGGUAAUUAAUUGCACAGGUCUGCAUCCGGUAUUAACUGCAAAUUUAUGGAAAACCGGUCUUGUAAAAACAGAACGUGUCUGCUGGCUGAAUGCUUGCUUUUUCGUCAGUGGCUUGCACGUGAUUAUAAAGUUAGGACUGAGACAUGCUAUGACAUGAACGCGAGACGACAAAGUAUAUUAAGAAAUAUUUCAUGAUGAUUUAAUACAUACAGCAGUAUUUUGGUGUGUUGAUAAAUACAAAAUACAAUAAACAUGCUUGCAAUUA